AUGGAACAGCGCGAAUUAAGGUUGAAAGAGUUUGCUGUGGAACUAUUCAAGAUAAACGCAAUCAAAUUUGGCGAAUACAAGACUAAAGUCGGCCUCAUGACACCUGUAUACUGCGACCUUCGCGUCUUGGUUAGCUAUCCGAAAAUUAUGGGUAUCCUUUCUGACCUGAUCAUUGACACUCUUCACACCAUUGAGAGCCAAGAAGUAAUUUGUGGUGUGCCGUACACUGCUUUGCCUAUUGCAACAAUUGUGUCUUUUAAAACCAAUCUACCCAUGGUGAUGAGAAGAAAGGAAGCCAAGGAUUAUGGCACCAAGAAACUCAUAGAGGGCAUCUUCCAAGAGGGAGAUAAAUGUUUGAUUAUUGAAGAUGUUGUCACCUCUGGCAGCAGUAUUUUAGAGACCACAAAAGAUUUAAUCAAAGAAGGAAUGAAGGUGACUGAUGCAAUUGUGCUUCUCAAUCGCGAACAAGGCGGUGAGAAGUUUCUAACACAACAUGGAAUCAAGAUGCAUGCUCUUCUCACUAUGACUUCUCUAAUGAAAUAUCUGAAAGACGCUGGAUGCGUCACCGAAGAAAGCUGCAAGAAGGUUGGGGACUAUUUGAAAAACUCUCAAGUCACCACCAAUUCUGUCGUGACAAAGCGCAGCAAACGCCUGGAGAUGACUUUCGAGGAUCGUUUUCCCUACGCUAAGAACGAAGUGGCCAAGCGCCUUUUCAAGAUCAUAAUUGAAAAGAAGACGAAUCUUGUCCUUGCUGCUGAUUUGACCGACGCCACUGAUAUUCUGAACCUUGCCGAAUCAGUCGGCCCACAUAUCUGCUCCCUGAAGUUGCACGUCGACAUCGUGGAGCAUUUCAACGACAAUUUUACCAGCACUCUGUCGCAGAUCGCCAAGAAGCACAACUUUUUGCUGUUCGAAGACCGCAAGUUUGCUGACAUUGGAAAAACAGUCGAAUAUCAGUAUACAAGAGGCGUGUAUAAGAUUGCUUCAUGGGCCUCACUGGUCACUGCACACUCAUUGACUGGACAUGGUGUCCUAGACGCGUUGCUGUUGGCUCGAGGCUCCAAUGAACUCGGAGUGUUCUUGCUAGCUGAGUGCAGCGCCAAGGGAAGUCUUAUCGAUGAGAAGUAUACCAACGCAACCAUUACAAUGGGAAAGAACUAUUCGGAUUUGAUCGCUGGUUAUGUCUGCCAGCAGAAACUAUUUGUUGAUGAACCGGGGUAUUUGCAAUUGACACCUGGUGUCCAGCUGGGUGUUAGCGGUGAUGAUUUAGGCCAGCAGUACAAUUCGCCAUCUUCGGUUAUCCUGGAAGGCGGUGCAGAUGUAGCUGUGGUUGGCAGAGGAAUCACCAAAGCUGGCAAUCCGGAAAACGCCGCAAAGGAGUACAAAGAUUUACUCUGGGCUGCAUAUUUGCAACGAGUCAAACAAUAAAUGAAUUUCAACAGGUGUCUUAUAUUGAAAAGGGUUACAUUCCGUAUUCUGUAACUGUUAAAUUAUACUGUAAUCGAAUUAUUGCUAUGUUUGAGCUUGAAAUAUGUGAUAAAAUUGAAAGCGCCUUGUAAUUUAUCUCCUGUUUCGUUGUUUUAUACUUGAUCGAAUAUCAAACUCACGACCUUUUACUGACGGGGCGUGAAUGUUAACGUUAGAUUUGUGAUGAUUGCACUUUUGGAAUAAGAGGAUAGCACAAUUAUAAAUUUUGAUAUAAAUAUGUGAACCGAACUGAAUCUUUAAUAAAAAUAUGUUCAUUUAUAAA